AUGGAAGAAGACAGAAUUUCAGUAAAUAAGGAGGAGUUUACAUGUGCAGUAUGUCAGGAUCUGUUGAAGGAUCCAGUGACCACUUCCUGUGGACACAGUUACUGUAAGAGCUGUAUUACAGACUGCUGGGAUCAGGAGGAUCAGAUGAGAGUCUACAGCUGCCCUCAGUGCAGACAGACCUUCAGUUCAAGACCUGCUUUAGCUCGAAACACCAUGCUGACUGAAGUGGUGGAGAAACUGAAGAAGAGGAAACGUCCUGCUGACUGUUACGCUGGAGCUGGAGAUGUGCAGUGUGACGUCUGUACUGGAAGAAAAUACAAAGCCGUCAAGUCCUGUCUGGUGUGUCUGAACUCUUACUGUCAGAAUCACCUUGAACAACAUGAGAGUUUGUUUAAAGGAAAGAGACACAAUUUGACUGAUGCCACUGGACGACUGCAGGAGAUGAUCUGCCAGAAACAUGACAAGAUCCUUGAGGUUUUCUGUCGCACUGACCAGAAAUGUAUAUGUGUGCUGUGUUUGAUGGAUGAACAUAAAAACCAUGACACUGUAUCAACUGCAGCACAGAGGACAGAGAAACAGCACCAGCUGAAGGAGACGCAGAAGACGUUCCAGGAGAGAAUCCAGCAGAGAGAGAAAGAUCUUCAGCAGCUGAGAGAGGCUGUGGAGUCUCAUAAGCGCUCUGCACAGACAGCAGUGGAGGACAGUGAGAGGAUGUUUGAGCUGAUACAACUGAUCAGAGAUCAGGAAAAGGCUGCAGUGAGUCGAGCUGAAGGACGACUGGAGCGACUGGAGCAGGAGAUCAAUGAUCUGAGGAGGAGAGACGCUGAGCUGAAGCAGCUUUCACACACACAGGAUCACAUCCAGUUCCUGCAGAGUUUCCAGUCCCUCUCUGCAUCUUCUGAAUCUACAGACAUAAAUGAUGAUCUCUUCAGUUCUCUCGUCUCUUUUGAUGGUCUGAGAGAAUCUGUCCAUCAGCUGAGAGACAAACUGGAGGAUUUCUGCAAAGAGGAGCUCAAGAAGAUCUCAGACAGAGUCACAUUCACCAACAUUGUUCUCUGGACCAGGAAGGACUUCCUACAAUAUUCCCAUCAGCUCACUCUGGAUCUGAACACAGUGAAUAAACGCCUCCGUCUGUCUGAGAACAACAGAGUGAUUACUCACACUGGCACAGAUCAGCCGUAUCCUGAACAUCCAGACAGAUUUGAUCAUGUGUAUCAGGUGUUGUGUAGAGAGAGUGUGUGUGGACGCUGUUACUGGGAGAUUGAGUGGAGUGGAAAUAUUGGUGUGUUUAUAUCAGUGUCAUAUAAGAGCAUCAGCAAGAAGGGAGGUGAUAAGUGUUUGUUUGGACGUAAUGAUCAGUCCUGGAGUUUGUUCUGCUCUCCCUCCAGAUACUCAUUCAUACACAACAAUAUAGAGACUCGUCUCCCUGUAAAGUCCAUCAGCAGUAGAAUAGGAGUGUUUGUGGAUCACAGUGCAGGAACUCUGUCCUUCUACAGCGUCUCUGACACAAUGAGCCUCAUCCACACAGUCCAGACCACAUUCACUCAGCCGCUCUAUCUGGGGUUUACUGUUUGGUCUAGAUCAUCAGUGAAACUGUGUUGAUGAAUCAAAAUAGACUGACGAGAUAUUCUACCCAUAAUGCUUUGAGCUGAUGAUGAAUCAGUAACAGUGAGAUGUUAUAGAGUCUCUUCUUUUCUCUUCAUGACAUUAAUACUGCAGCUGAACUUCUGUCAGUGAAAUAACAUGUUAGAAUAAAUGUGUGUAAUAAAUCCUCAUAUAGACAGUAUAGUUGCCGUAAUUUUGCCAAGUAAGACUAGGGUGACCACCCGUCCUGCUUUCCGUUGUACCGGACAGCAUUUUCACCUCUUGUCCUGCACGUCGCAUAUUGAGAAAAUGUUCUGCAUUUUUUAAUCAGUCUGUUGGUUUUUAUUAAUGUUUCAUUAACAAAGUUCGGGAGGAGCAUGUUCAGAUAAUUAACCUAAUUAACACAAGGAGAGCACAAUCAGUAAUCAAUCCAAUCAACAAGGUGUGUAUAUAUACACAGCGGUCUUACCUCAGUUCCUUGACAGUUUUCCAGCAUCCCUCCGCCACUCCUUCUCCACACUUACACCUAUUUCUGUCCUGACCAGGGGGUACUCUGGGCUCGGGGACGAAAUUCCAAGCUCCCCUCGAACACCACGCCAAGUACACAUAACUUUUACUGUUUUAUUAUAUGUAAGUGUAAACUCGUGAAAUGAUAUCAAGAAAACGUCCAUGCGUUCGUUUGCCUUUUUUAGAAAGCUUUUUAUUUAUUCUUUUUGCGGCAUAGUUUCUGCGAAAAUGAUUUGCGGAGUUCAUCAAGUAUUCUAGAACCACUGAUGGAAAUGGUUGAGUGCACACGGAAAAACACCAUAUUCUCCAUUUUAACCAAAUUUAUAAAUGAUGCAGCUUUCAGAUGCAGCUUUCUUCUUAUUUUAAUAGUUUGGGGCGGUUUCUAUGGUGUUUUUUACUGACAAAUGUCUAGAGCACAUUAUUGUGAUGCGGCGUGCAUGAAAAUGCACAAGCACAAAUCUCUUGCAGGUGAAUUCUCUUUACUCUCAUAAAAAAGGCGCGCUUUCUCUGAUCAGCGUAUAUGACAACGGAUGUAAUCAGUAUUUACAUAGCAUAACAGUAGAAAAAGCCUGUGGCUUUCAGCGUACGCACAGUCUGAGAUCAAAUUUGUGCAAAUGCAUGCUUUAUAAAUGAGGCCCAUGAUCUUUACUUAAUAUGCUAAUGAUUUUUGGCUUAAAAAGAAAAUCAAUCAUUUUGACCCACACAAUGAAGCACCAUUACAAGUGCUACUUAUAACUGUUUUUUAGGUCCAGGGUCACAUUUGUCUUGUUGUGAGUAAGAGAUCAGAGAAUUUCCAGGUUUUUAACCUCACAGAAUGAUGUUGUGAAGCAGUAAUUUAACAUUGUUUUCAGUUAUAAUAACAGUUGUUGAUGAUGUCUGAGCAUUGAAACAUACACAACUAAUAUUAUUCAGUAAAUCCUGCUCAUUUUACCAUCAUUAUUACCAUGCUUUCUGCUCUUCCCUGGAUUCCUCUGUUAACCUCUCAGGCUGAUAGAAGACUAUAAUACAGUUUUGGGUCUCAGAUAAAAUGAAUGUGUACUGACAGGAUCUGGUAUUCCUGUCAAGGAGAUUUGAUCGUAUUUAUCUAUUUAGUCAUUAGGAUGUUGGCACAAUCUAACAGUGAGAUAUUUUCAACAUUUACAGGGGACAGUGUGUAUCUUAUUGCUGUCUGAAUUCAGCUGUUUCUUGUCUUUUGUUCUGUUGAUGGUUGUUAUUCCAUCAGGCUGUAUUGCAAUUAUAUUUCUAAUAAAUAUAAUAAAAUU